AUGGGAUACGGUGCUGUCUGCUAUGCCCGCUUCGUCUACCCAAACGGAACAGCAGACAUUUGCCUUCUCAUCUCUAAAUCGAGGAUCGCACCGUUAAAAUUCAUGACUAUUCCACGUCUUGAAUUGAAUGCAGCCGUUUUAGCUGCCCGUUUGGCUGCCCAGGUGCGAGAAGAACACGACCUUCAUUUCGACACAACUACCUAUUGGUCUGACUCAAUGACCGUCCUAAGCUGGAUUAAAUCCCGUUCUUGCCGUUUCCAUACAUAUGUCGACAACCGCAUUGAGACUUCUUCUCCAAUUGAAUGGAAUUACGUCCCGAGCACUGCCAACCCUGCUGACGAUGCAAGUCGUGGACUUGAUGCGGCUGAAUUCAACAUGAAACACCGUUGGUUUUCUGGCCCGGAUUUCCUUAAAGCCUCUACCAACUGGCCAAGCUUCCCAACUCUACCUUUGAUGGAAGGGAACGAUCCAGAAAUUCGCGAGACUACGUGGGUAGGCAAAAUCCAGUUACAAGGUAACGAAAUCGACCAGCUGAUCAAAAGAAAAUCAACAAGGCGCCGCUGCCAAUCGAUAUUCGCCACCCGAUAA